GGCGCGCUGGGGGCAGCCGCGGGGCACGGCGGGCCGGCGGUCGCUCGGCGCUCCGCUGCCCCGCCUGCCGGUUGCUAGGAGGCGGGACGCCGGCGGGGCGGAGGGUAGGGGCGCAGGGGCGCCUCCUCCCCGGGCCUGGCCGGGCCGAGGGCAGCGCGGCCGCCUGGGCCUGCGCGCGACGAUGGAGCCCAGGAAGAGAAGAACCAAAGAGGAUACGUGGAAAGCAGAUGAGCUCAGAAAACACCUUUGGGCGGCCGCGUGCGCCGGCGCCGAGGAGGAGGAGGCGCGCCGCGGAGACGAGAGGGCGGCCGAGAGGCGCUGCCACGCCGCCGGGGAGCCGCCCCGCGGGGAGUGGGACCGCGACCGGGACCCGCCGCGCGACCGGAGGCGGGACAGGGAGCGGCCGCGGGAGCGACGCCGGGAGCAGGACGCGGAGCGGCCGCGCGGCCGCGGGAAGGAGCGCGAGGGGGACCGCGCGCGGCGGGAGGAGCCCCGGCAGGCGGCCGCGCACCACGACCUGCUGGGCCGGGACCGCGGCCACCGCGACCACCGGGACCGCGACCGCGACCAUCGGGACCACCGCGACCACCAAGACCACGACCACCGGGACCGCGGCCACCGGGACCACCGCGACCGGCCUGAGCGCAGGAGGGCAGGAAGUAAAGCAAGAAUUGAAGAGAGGGAACGGAGAGAUGAAGACUCUGAAAGAGGAGAUGAGGAGAGAGAAAGAAGGUACCGAGAAAGAAAGCUGCGGUAUGGUGACAGCAGAGACCGUCCUCUCAAGUACUGGCUGUAUAAAGAAGAGGGUGAAAGACGACACAGGAAGCAGAAAGAACCAGACCGAGAAAAGACGCAUCGAGAAAAAAGCGGCACAAGGGAGAAGAGGGAGAAGUAUUCAAAAGAGAAAAGCAGUCCGUUCUCUGACAAGGAAGGAGAAGCAAGACAUAAAGAAAAGCACCGUAAAGAAGGCGUCCACGGGGGCGAGGAGAGGCGCCGGAGCGGCGUGGACAGGAAGCAGAGGCCGUGGGAGGAGGAGCACAGCAGGAGGGAGGCCAAGAAUGGGGAGCACGGAAGCCGAGGUGCGAGCUGGAGGAGAGACGGGACCGACGGCCAGCACGUAGAGAAUUUAGCGAGGAGUAACGGGAAAGAGAAAGACUCAAGGAGGAAGAACAGCCGCGAAGAGGGAUCCCUGGCGUGGAAGCUGGCCCGGAGGCGAGGGAGCGAAGAGGCUGCGGUCAGGAGAGGAUGCGUGUCUGCCUCUGUCCCGGAAAUCGAAAAGGAAGACAUUAAUUUAGACAAUGCUGGAGCUGAUGAAUAUACAGCCAGUUUCCAAGAUGAUUUUGAAGACUACGAGGAUGACUUUGAGGUCUGCGACGGGGACGAGGAUGACAGUGAUGGUGCGGACGAGCCUGAAUCAGGAGAGACGGUGGAAGAGCUUCCUCUGGCCAGAAGGAGGGAGAUACAGGACGUUCAGGAAGCCAUCCACGCAGAAAACGUGCGUGUGGGCACACUGUCCUCGCAGCUGCUUGAGAGGCACAGCCAGCCGGAGCGUGGCCGGGGGCCGGGGCCAGGGCUGGAUGCAAACAGUUCCCCUUCAAAAACCCCUGUUUGUGGAAUUUUUGUGGAUUUUGCAACAGCCUCACACCGUCAGAGGAGUCGGACUCAGGCCCUUAAGCAAAAGACGCGCAGCACCAAGCUGCUCCGGCUCAUCGACCUCGACUUCUCCUUCACCUUCUCCCUCCUGGACCUCCCACCGGUGAGCGAGUAUGACAUGUACAUCAGAAACUUCGGGAGAAAAAACACCAAGCAGGCCUACGUUCAGUGCAAUGAAGAUAACGUGGACCGGGACGUCCAGACCGAAGAGGUUGAGACUCGGGAGGGAGUGAGCGGAGUGGCCCCUGUGAUGCUGCCGUCGUCCGGAAGGUUGACACGGCCCGCCUGUGCAGCUUCCUGCGGGCAGCCUGCCAGGUGCGCUCUGCGGGGGCGGGGACCUGUGGCUGCUGUGGCUGCAGGCGCCGUCUGUGUGUCUGGAUUCUACACCCAGGCACCUCUGCUGAGGCCCCCUCGCCCUCCCCUUCCCCGUCGUCCUCCUGAGCACGAGCCACGGGGGCCGUGGUGGCGGUUUGCUGUCACGCGGGGUCCUCACCACAGCCUGGUGGUUGCGGUUCUGCUUGAAGAGGAUCGGGUCGAGCCGGAGCCGCGCCGGACCCCCGGGGCACCCGACGGCACCCUGCCUUUCAGCGACAGCUCCGCCCAGCUGAACACCAGCUUGCCGUUCCUUCAGAACCGGAGAGUAUCCUGCCUGCACGCCUCUCAGGCUCAGAGGCGGACGGUGGUGUCUGUGCACGGGCCACCUGCGAAAGCCUCCGCGCCCCCGCUGGACGGCAGAUACGUGCUCUGCGUGUGGGACAUCUGGCAGCCGUCGGGGCCCCAGAAGGUCCUGAUAUGCGCGUCGGAGGUCACGUGCUGCUGCUUCAGCCCCUUUAAGGCCUUCCUGCUCUUUGCGGGGACCGUGCACGGCUCGGUGGUCGUGUGGGACCUGAGGGAGGACGCCAGGAUCCACUGCUACGUGACGCUGAGCGGGUGCUCCUGGACGUUCAGAACCGCAACCUUUUCUACGGAUGGCGUCCUGACGUCCGUAAACCACUGCAGUCCCCUCCGGGCCGUGGAGCCCAUCGCAGGCUCCGUCUGCAGAAGACAGAGCUGUGUGCGUCCACCUUUUUCUACUGAAGAAGAGACGGCAGGCCUGUCCUUCCACCUCGCUUCCUUGGACGAGCACGGGGUUCUCAAUGUGUGGGUGGUGGUUGAAUUACCGAAGGCAGAUGUUGCAGGUUCAAUAAGUGACUUAGGCUUGCUGCCUGGAGGGAGGAUCAAGCUGGUGCACAGCGCUGCGAUUCGGCUGAGUGACAGCCUUUCCCAUGAAGGUUGUGAAUUUUGGGCCUCCGCACAAACACUGAACAUUAAAUUUCUGCCUUCAGAUCCUAACCACUUUGUUGUUGGCACAGACAUGGGCCUCAUCAGCCACGGCACCAGACAAGGCGUGAGAGCCGCUCCCAGGUUGUUCUGGCCCCAGCAGCAGGGCAUGCGGCCGGUGAAGGUGAAUGUGAUUGACUUCUCACCGUUUGGAGAACCCGUGUUCCUGGCCGGCUGCUCUGACGGGAGCAUCAGGCUGCACCAGCUGACGGCCGAGCGCCCGCUCCUGCAGUGGGACCGCAGCACCUGUGGCCGCGCCAUCACAGGCCUGCAGUGGUCCUCGACGAGGCCGGCUGUGUUCCUGGUCCAGGACGACACGUCCUGUGUAUAUGUCUGGGACCUCCUGGAGAGCGAUUUGGGUCCUGUCGCCAAACAGCCCGUCUCUCCAGACAGGAAGGUGGGUGAUUGGGCGACUCAGGAUCACAGGCGUGUGCGUCUCGAUUUCAGGCUGGUGGCCAUGACUGUCGUGGGGGAAGCAGAGAAGACCCGCAGUAGCUUCCUGGCCCUGGUGCUGGCCAGAGCGUCGGGCGGCGUGGACGUCCAGUACCUGCGGCAGCAGUGGACGGCCUCAGCAGGCGACGAGCUGCGGAGGCUGCAGCUGCUGCUACAGGAAGCCGCGUAGGUGGCGGGAUCCCACGAGGAAGCUGUGCGGUGACCCUGACGUGACAGCUGAUGUGUGUACGUUCGUGUAGAUAGAGGGUGUGUCUGUACAGAAUUCAUUUUUCAAGAAUGUCGCUUCAGGACGCUGUAAAUAAAUUACUAUUUUUGAAUGGAAACAGCAGACAUUUUAGUGUAUACUGAACUUCAGAGGGAACAGAGAGCCAUGUAGGAUGCUCUUUUCCAAGAAUAUUUCUACUGAUUUUCAGAGCAGCUUUAAAAUAUUGUAACACUUAUUACUAGAUUUUUAAAACAAUCCAAAUAAAAAUGUAUUUUAUAAACAGUUUUCUUAGUCAUGCAUA